ACAGGAAGGUCACACCAUCCCUCACCAUCAUCAGGGAGAAAAGCUCAUCGAUUUGAAAGUUGAGAUUAAAGGGGAAGAAGAUGCGGGAUCGGUAAAAGGUGGUCCUCGGUCUACAGAGGAAUUUAGAAUGGUGGUGAGAGUUAAAGAGGAGGAAUCUUCUGUAGCCAUUGGCACAGGUGGACACAAUGUGAUUUCCGCGGAGAGACCUCAAUCUCUGGACUGUACUGCGGAAGACAGCGACAUUGUAGAUGUUUCUCCAGAAGAAAACAUCGAUACUCAGAAAAGACCUUACUGUGUGGAUAGACCAAUGGACUCCUGUAGAGCUCAUGAUUCUUUUCGGUCACAUAUUGUUACCAAUGAAGUCCACCCAAGGCUUCACGUUGCGGAGAGAUCCUUGGAUCCAUCCAAUUCCGAGAGAUCAUCUUCCAGUAAUUUAGAUACUUCCUCACACAAAGACAACACAACAAUCCAGUGUUCUAGAGUGAAUGAAGGUCUUAGAUCAGAGUCGUCUCUUGCUGAAGAUCAAACAGCAAGCACGGGGGAGAACAAACACGGCCCGUAUCAAUGUUCAGAGUGCGGAAAAUGUUUCAACUGGAAAGGGCACCUCCUCCGGCACCUGAGAAGUCACACCGACGAGCGUCCUUAUUCGUGUUUACAGUGUGACAAAUGUUUCAAACACCGAGCGGACCUUUCCAGACACCAGAGGUGCCACACCGGCGAACGCCCCUUCUCGUGUUCGGAGUGCGAGAAAUGUUUCACUCGGAAACACGACCUUAUUACACAUCAGAAGAUUCACACGGGCGAGAGCUCUUUUCCCUGUCUAGAGUGCGGGAAAUGCUUCACUUGGAAGAGGGCGCUCCGUAUACACCAGAGAAGUCACACGGGCGAACGUCCUUUUUUGUGUUUGGACUGCGGGAAAUGCUUCACUCAGAAGGGAAACCUUCGCACGCACCAGAAACUUCACACUGGCGAGCGCCCUUUUUCCUGUUCGGAGUGCGGGAAAUCUUUUACACUCAGAUCACGCCUAAUGUCACAUCAAAAAAGCCAUGUCCACUGACAGCCGGGAGUGUGACAACGCAAUUCAGAACUUGAAGCCACCCGAUUUUACCCUGUACACCGGACUCAGAAUGAGUUGCCCUCCCUCUCCUUCAUGUUUACAUUCAGAGUCUUUACACACUGUGUGCAUGUAUGGGGAUCGCCGUUCUACCCGGCCAACCCAUGCAGUCAAAAGAUAAGAAGCAGCCUCAGCAUACAUGUUAGGCCAUGCCCCAACGCGUUACGCCCUCAUAGGGUCAUGUGAAUCUGGGCAAAAUCCAACUUGUUUCGGUCGAAAAACACCCCUUUCAUCAGUGCUUGAGAUUGAAAAGAAUAUACAUAGACUAGAUGUGACCCCACCCCGCCCACCGGGGGGCUUAGUCAAGGGGUCAUGUAAAGGGGACCUCUGGUCCCCUUUACAUUACAC